AUGAAGCCCACGGGACAGGAGCGGACACUGUCCCCCCGGAUCACGGGUCUCUGGUCCCUGGCCAUCAUUUCCUGGGAGAGGUGGAUGGUAGUCUGCAAGCCUUUUGGCAACGUGAGAUUUGAUGCAAAACUAGCCAUCGUGGGCAUUGCCUUUUCCUGGGUCUGGUCUGCUCUGUGGACAGCCCCCCCCAUCUUUGGCUGGAGCAGGUACUGGCCCCAUGGCCUGAAGACAUCGUGUGGCCCGGACGUGUUCAGUGGCAGCUCGUACCCUGGGGUGCAGUCUUACAUGAUCGUCCUCAUGACCACGUGCUGCAUCAUCCCACUUGGUGUCAUCAUACUCUGCUACCUCCAAGUGUGGCUGGCCAUCCGAGCAGUGGCAAAGCAGCAGAAAGAAUCUGAGUCCACCCAGAAGGCAGAGAAGGAGGUGACGCGCAUGGUGGUAGUCAUGGUCUUCGCGUUCUGCGUCUGCUGGGGCCCCUACACCUUCUUUGCAUGCUUCGCUGCUGCCCACCCUGGCUACGCCUUCCACCCUCUGGUGGCCGCUCUGCCAGCCUACUUUGCCAAAAGUGCCACUAUCUACAACCCGAUUAUCUAUGUCUUUAUGAACCGGCAGUUUCGAAACUGCAUCUUACAGCUUUUUGGGAAGAAGGUGGACGAUAGCUCUGAACUCUCCAGCGCCUCCAAAACAGAGGCCUCAUCUGUGUCUUCAGUGUCACCUGCAUGAGUCUCUCCCAGCCAUGACAACAAAAAGGUCUGCUUCCCACCAGAAAACAUAACCCCUGUCCCCACACCAGCACUUUGGCCACCCCCCCCC